AUGGCAGUGAAUGAGAGUGUUGACAUCCUGAACUCCGCUUACCUGGCAGUGGAAUACAUCGACUCUUUCUUGCCUGACAAUCCACUGCAACAACCAUUUAAAAAUGCUUGGAACUAUAUGCUGGACAAUUACACCAAGUUCCAGAUUGCAACAUGGGGAUCACUCAUAGUUCAUGAACUUUCCUACUUUUUGCUCUGUCUACCUGGAUUUAUAUUUCAGUUUAUACCUUAUAUGCAAAAGUAUAAAAUUCAGCAGGAUAAACCAGAAACAUGGGAGAAGCAGUGGAAGUGUUUAAAAACGCUUCUCUUCAAUCACUUCUGUAUUCAGCUUCCUCUGAUAUGUGGUACCUACUAUUUCACAGAGUACUUCAAUAUCCCUUAUGACUGGGAAAGGAUGCCAAGAUGGUACAUGCUACUUGCCCAGUGUUUUGGAUGUGCAGUGAUUGAGGAUGCCUGGCACUAUUUCCUGCAUAGACUCUUGCAUCACAAGAGAAUAUACAAGUACAUCCAUAAAGUUCAUCAUGAGUUCGUAUCUCCUUUUGGGAUGCAAGCAGAGUAUGCACAUCCACUGGAAACGCUUAUCCUUGGAACUGGUUUUUUCAUCGGCAUUAUUGUUUUCUGUAACCAUAUGAUUCUUCUGUGGGCCUGGGUAAUAUGUCGCUUAAUGGAAACCAUUGAUGUACACAGUGGCUACGAUAUUCCUCUGAACCCCCUGCAUCUAGUGCCCUUCUAUGCUGGGGCUCGUUUUCAUGAUUUCCAUCACAUGAACUUCAUUGGCAACUAUGCUUCAACCUUCACAUGGUGGGAUAGAAUCUUUGGUACAGAUUAUCAGUAUGUUUCAUACCAAGAGAAAGAGAAGAAUCAAGAACUGUUAACAGAAAAGAAGUCCAACUAAAUUUCCCAUUUAACCUCCUACAGACAAACUUCUUCCAUCUUUCUUUUGGGCUCAAACUGGUAAUUAACACCUGAUCACAAAUUAAAGCAAUAUUUACUUUUCUUAAAAGCAAACGUUAAGCAUAUACCUUGUCCCUUGGCUACUAAGUGGUAGGGAAAAUCCUUACUGCAAUGUAAUUAUCUACCUAAUGGGAAUGCUUUUCUAUUUUAUACACAACUCUAAAGUAUAUAUGCAGUACUUAAAGAUUAAUUUAAAAAUUACAUAGGUGACUUGAAAGUUGGUCUGUUGCAAGAAUUUUAUUAAAUUUUUUAAAGUAUCUAUAAUGCUGCCCUAUUUGAAUUCAGGUAGAAUUAUGUACAUUAUAAUACACUGAAAUUGGACUUCGUUUUAUAUAUAUAUAUUCUUAAAUUUGUAAUACAAAUACAGCAGCCCCAUUAAAACUGGUACUGGCACUAUAUUUAAACCUUGUGCAAAUGGGCAGAAUUUGCUUUAGAAACCAAAAUACCAUCAGUUGAUAAGGAGCUUGGACCAGCCAUUUGCACACUGAAUAAUGCAAACUAUUAAUUCCAGAAGAGCUGGCUAUAUGUUCAGUAACAUU